AUCUCAACUGGAUUGACAGAGUCGGCAGGGACGGCUUCUUGAUCCUAUCAAAAAGACUCAAUUCUUUCCAACAUCAAAUUGCGAUUUGGUCGAGGGAAAGAUCUAGUCAUAUCCCCUAUCAUUCCAUUUAUCGAUUUCAUUCUACCUUUUGAUUCGUCAUAUUCCACACCAAGACGAUAGCAUCGAGUGGAUAAAAGAUCCGAACGGGAAGAUUUGAUUGAUUGAUCAGCGAAUAGAUUACGAAAGGUUCAAACGAAAAAAUAUAUACCUAAUCUGGGAUUUAGGACAAAACGACUACGACAUACGACUUCUGUUAUACGACAUACGACAUACGAAACGGCAUCCAUUCGAUUGCACUUGAUAUUCUGAUUUUUUCAACAUCCGGGUUUGCGGAAUAACGUGGAGUUAGAUUGGAACUGGCAGUAAACGUGAUAAACGUGGAAGGAACAAGAAGCUUUGGAGUAUCAGGAGUGAUAUCAUCGAAAUUUCUGGUGUUCUGGACUUUGGACGUGAAGUUGUCCAACCGCCUGAAACGGCUCACGCGCUGUUAUCUCCGCCCGACGCCUCCGGAAGACGGACGAUCAUCUUGUUCCUCGUCGGACACCAUCACAACAAUCAACCCCUGAUAUCCGAGUGACAGUGAUAGCCACUUCGAUGCCAUACGCUACACCUACUUCCCCUUCCCCCCUCCCCUCUCCUGUCAAGGAACAAACCUCGUCGCGGUCACGCUGGACAUACCCCACCAUCGACGCCGGUCCCAGCACAGCCACAGGUCCAAUGCCUCUUAUACCUCGUCGAACUUCAUCCAACGCAUCCCCUGCCACCACACCACGUCGUAUCAUCCCUUCCAUGUCACGAACACCCAGUAUGGGAGGGUCCACACCUUCAACACCCUCAGCAUCCCGUCCAGUCGAUGGAUUACCUAGAAGAGCAAGUGACGAAGGUCCAUCUGCAGUUCCCGGUCUUCCUACUUCCGUUAACGGUGAUGGUAGUCUCGGUCUUCGACUUCUUCCCAGUCCUGCAAAAGGAAUCAGUUCUCAAAGACGCACAAAAGAUUCCAUGAGCUCCACUUCCACUCUUGACUCUUCUCUCCCCGCUACACCUCAAGACGACAUUCGCGAUCUGCCUGUGCACAUCGAACACAUCGAAGACCACGGAGACAGUCGUACAAAGGAACCGCGAGGUGCUCACAGCGUCCCGUUUCCUACCUUUGAACCAAGUCUCAAGCCCCACCAUCAUCAGCAUGUAAUCGGCAGAGCCUCUCCUCCGAGACCUGCAUUGGCCGCUCGUAGAUCUUCGGCUAGCUCUCAUCGAGGCAGUGGCACUGGUUCUUUACAGAUAGAAUUCCCUCCUCAUCCUUCCGAAACUGGCAGAAGCUCUCCGCGACCGCAAGAACAUCCUGUGCAUCAACAUCAACACUCCCUCCUUCGUCCAACCAGCAAUAUGAUCCGUAAGAAAUCAGGAGAGGUCGUCAAGUCGUCUCUCAAGCAACGAUCCGCUUCCACUCCCGACCUUACUCGCCAAAUUCCUUCCGAACCUCCAUCCCCAGAUGGCUCUGUGAGGCAAUUCGGUGAGGAGAGGUCGAAAAGCGUCAGGUUUGCUGGAGGUGAUGACGCAGAGGACGGGGUUUUAGAAAAUGUCGUGGUGUUCCUUCGUGAGCAGAAAGUCACGGCGAUCAAUCGUACCCCUGGUGAACCGGGCACCGGAGCUUCCGAUCGGGAUACGGACAGGGACACGGAUAGGGAGACGGAAAAUGAUCUCGACACGGACACCGACUUUGUUGAGUUCCGCACGCGACGCAAUGAGGCAGCUAGAGCUAUCGACGAGGCCCACUCUAUCCAGCUAGACGGCGGUAGUCGUGUGCCCAGACUACGGACAGACUUUGGACCAGAGACGAAGGAAUUGUUGAAAGGCGAGAAUGUGAUACUGGAAAGGGUGGAAUUGGUGACGGGUCCAGGUCCACUGCAGCUGCGUGGUACGGCUUUGGUCAGGAAUGUUGCCUUCCAAAAAUGGGUUGCGGUGCGCUUCACCAUGGACCAUUGGCAAACAACCUCUGAAGUUUCUUGCACCCAUGUGACGCACAUCCCAUCCGCUACUACCUAUGAUGAAGGAUGGGAUCGGUUCAGCUUCGUUAUCAAACUGGAAGACUACCGUCGCAAGCUGGAUGAACGUCAACUGAUCCUCUGCGUCAGGUUUUCUGUUGAUGGUGAAGAAUGGUGGGAUUCGAACGACGGCAUGAACUAUUCGUUCACAUUCAAGAAAGCCCCUCGACGGCCUAUCCGACAUUCAGGUCCUGCUGGCAUGGCAGGCGGUUUCCUUCGUCUCAACGAUCCCGCACAUACCACACUGCCCGGCCUCAAAGUACAUCACCAUCGACCUGUCGCGCACAGCGAUCCCUCCGGUCCCAAGCAUUGGUUAUUCCCCAAACAUGGUAAACAUCCAGGAGAAGAGCCUAUCCCACGUACCGACUCUCCCUUACCUACCCCUCCUCCGCCAGUCGCUUUCAAAGCCCCUUCAGUCCCCGAUGUACAUACUCAUCUGAGUCUUUCGAAGUAUUGCGCACCUUCUCCACCUCAAUCACCCCCUAGAGAGAUCAACCUACCUUCACUUGUGGCCUCUCCAGCUGAAUUGAUCAGUUCACCCAUGACCAUCAUCGGCGGACAACCUGCAACCCGUGCUUCGCCUUUGCAACAUGAGAGAAGGUCCAGUUGGAAUGGAAAAUCUGCCAGUUGGGAUUCUUUCGCCAACGCUCUUGAAAGUGAGGAGAAUGGACCACCCGACGAUAUCUCGAGUUGUUCUUCGACAGACGGAGAAGCUACACCCGUGGCCUCUGGAUCCAGGUCACCGACAGGAGAGUUAGCUGAUAGUGGAGAGUCGUCUCCUGAUCGUCCGAUGCUCAGCAUGAAACGAUCCACCAAUAAUCUUCAAGCCUUGGUCAGUGAUGAUGCUGGUCUUAUGACUCCUCCAUCAUCAAAUUUGUCGUCGCCUCCGACGCCACCCCGACCCAAACUACCAUUGUUACCUUCACCAUCCAGCUCGACAGUGUCGACAGGUGAAUCGUCGCCGAUUCAUACGAUCAGCUCGGAUUCUUCAUCAGCGGACUUUGCGAGUUUUGCAAGUCGUAUGCAAGCGGGAAAGAUGAAGGCUAAGCAGUUUGGAAGUGAUAGUUAUCAAGAAUUUCUGGACAGAUUUUGUUUCUUCCAACCCCCUUCCAUGGCCACACCGGACAACACUUCUCAUUUUCCUCCCAAAGGUAAUAAUACCCCGGGUCAAGCAUCCCCUCAAGGAUUCCCGUUCUUAUCCCAAACCAACUCCCCAGCCAAUACCCCGACACCCAAAUUCGAGAAAUCUUCAGCGGGAAUAGCAAAUUCUCCUCCUCUUCCAGCACAAUCAACACCUCGUCCCUCUCCCCAAUUGGUCCCUCGUGUGCUCAGAAUACCAUUCCAAGCUCCGAAUCCACCUGCGCAAACUCGGGCGUAAAUACUGCAUUGUCUUCAAGAACUAAUCCAAUCACGAAUGUGUAUAUAGUCUAAAGUCUGUCAACCUCAUCCUUUUAGGCCGAACACAUAUCGGUCCACUUGUUUAUCCGAAGCCAUUGAUUAUAUUUGUGUAAAGCAAUCAUACCUUUUCCUACAGUCGGUAUAAGCAUAUCGGUCGUCAAGAGGGAAGAAUGAAGAAAUGGUAUUUCAUAUCACCUGUAAAAGAGUCUGCGGAUUUCGCUGAACAGCGCCGAAGAGGCAAAGAUCAAAGAUUUGAACAAGAGUAGAUGGGAUUGUUUUGUCAUGUUUGUGAUGUGUUUGCAUGAUGUAGCCAGAUAGAUGAAUUGUCGUUUGCAUCGAGUUAUCAGCUUC